AUGACCACCGGUGGAUUCAGACCCCGCAUGAUGAUGCUUGGUAAUCAUAGUCAAGGUUGCCACUUCGAGAUACGGCGGAUUUUGGUUGAUACAGGCAACUCCACUGAUGUACUCUUUGAGGACACAUUUGAGAAGCUCUGCAUCGACAAAGAGCGUCCCACCCCCAUCAACACUCCCCUGAUGUGCUUCUCUGGGGAGUCCCUCCUACCCACUAGGAAAGUGAUUCCCUUUGGCCUCAAGAACACCGAUGCCACUUACCAACGGUUGGCAAAUGAGGUGUUCAAGGAUCAGCUCAAUCAAAAUGUGGAAGCAUACGUCGACGACAUGGUUGUGAAGAGCAAAAAGGCCGAGCACCACCUUACCGACUUAAAAUAA